CUUUGCCCCUUGGUGCCCUGCAUGCAAAGCCUUGAAGCCCAUUUGGCAAGACUUUGCAACCUGGAGUGAUGACUUGGGCAUCUCCGUGGGGCAGGUGGACGUCACAAACUCCCCAGGAUUAUCAGGUCGCUUCAUGGUCACUGCACUGCCCACAAUUUAUCACGUAAAGGAUGGAAAGUUCCGACAGUACCGGGGAUCUCGAGACAAGGAUGAGUUCAUGAGUUUUGUGGAGGAGCGUCGAUGGCGGGAGGUGGAAGAGGUCCCUGCGUGGAAGUCCCCAGCUUCCUUCCAGAUGUCGGUCGUUUCACAGUUUUUCAAGCUCUCCAUGGUUCUUCGAGGAGUUCAUUCAGUCUUAGUUGAAGAUUAUCUACUCCCAACUUGGGGCUCAUACCUCGUAUUUGCCCUUGCCACCAUUUUGGUUGGCGCUCUGCUGGGCUUGAUCCUGGUGUGUAUCAUCGAUUUUGUGUUCCCACCCAAGGCACCAGGCCCAGCUCCGGUUGUCACUUCUGCUGGUCUUAAAGCAGAUGAUGAUGAGGAAGAUUUAGUAGAGGAUACUAAAGCGAAGAGUGAAGAUGCUGAGGAGGAGUCGCAAGGACAAGAGGAAAGUGAUGAUAAAGAGGAAAGAAAGAAAGCAGGUAGUGAAGAUGAGAAUGAUGUAGAAGAGGAGGAGGAGGAGGAGGGAGAGGAGGAACAGAAAGAAAAGGAGGAAGAAGAAAAGAAGGAAGAGGAGGAGGAAGAGGAGGAGGACUCUCAAGCUGAAGAAGACAAAGAAUCAGGAAGCCCCAAAAACUCUCCAGAAGUGAGGCGACGACGGCCAAGGAAAGCAGACUAGCUGACUAGGUCCUUUAGAUUAUCUCCUUUAUCCCCUUUUCGGUGGGUCUUUUGUAGGACUCGCAUUCUCUCUCUCUCUCUCUCCCUCUCUCUUUCUCUCCUCUCACUCUCUCCAGCUCUGUCUCUCUCUUCUCCUGCCGAUGACUCACAGCCAUGAGGCAUUUGAAACUUUCAAAUCAAGGGAUGAGCCCAUGACCACAGAACCUGCUUGACAGUUUAAUGAGGGCAGCUGAUGCUGGCAGAAUUUACUUUAAUUUCCCCCCUCCCUCACUAUAAAUGGCUUUUUAUUUACAUUUACAUUUUUAUUUGAUUAUUAACUUUUCUUUUUUAUCUUGGCGGAAGACUCCAGGAAAGCUCCGCCCGCUGAUUUUGUAGCCGCCCAGAAUAUUUUAUUUUUGGCUUCAAAAUAUACCGGCGUGAAUGGAUUAAGAUUUUAUCAUGCAUACAUUUUGUCCAUGAAGAAUCCUUUGGUGUAUAGAUUUAUGUAUGUGCAUUAAUAUGUAUCUUGUCUUGGUGCUCUUAGGUAGUCUUUGCAUUCCCCCUCCCCUCCUCCCAGCCUCACCCACCCAGUCUCCAUUCGUCCCCCCCUUUACCACCACACCUCCAAAAUAGGACAAAACUUGUUAAUACAUGUUUAAGAAUAUUCCAUAUGAGUGGGCUUUCACAUGAUAGGUUUUUUGGUGAUAAUACAGUAUAUUUUCUUUUUUCUUCUCUUAUCUCCUCUUCUUGUUUUUGAAUAGUUUUUGACAUAGAUUUCAUAAUGCUUCGUGCCAGUAACAAUUGCCAAAUAUUACCCUAUGCUUCAAAUUCAUAAGAACAUCUAGGAAUACUAAUAAUCAUAUUGCUGUUUACUGUUGACUUUGGUUUUUGCUGGUGUGAAUUGGUCACUAAUUGCAGCAUUGGAAACAAGAUGCUGAUAAAGCUUAACCAGAUUCUAUAAUUGAUUUAUUUUCUCUCCCUUUUACUCUCAACACUCACUCUCUCUCGUUCCCUCAAAAAAAUCAGUGUUGACUUGAUAUUUCCUUUAGAAAUUGUUUAGUUUUCUCUCUAUCUUAAUCUCUCUGUCUGUCAUUGAUUCAUGUGCAAUGUUAAUGUGAAUACCUUUUUUCCAUAAAAAUCAUCAUGCCACCCGCAUCAAUCUGAUAUUAAUUGUUUGCAAACUGGUUAAUUGUUGACAUUAAGAAAUGUUAUCAAGUAGCCAACUUAGGAUGGUGCUCAGGGGAAGCACCUUGUUGGUGUUGGGAUAGUGAAGGAAAUGCACCAAGGUCGUUCGGUCUGUAUCGGCAAAUGAGGUUGAUUAUUCCACCCCAGAUUUUGUUUUUUCAUUUUUUUCUUCUUUUUCUUCUUUUUCAAGUUCUCUUGUUUUUUAAAUUUUCAGUUCAUUGUAAUUUUUGGUUUUCUCUUCCAUGCUUUAAGAUAAACAUCCUUAAGGUUGAUGAGCUUGUUUAUGUGGAUGAGAAUAACUAGGGUAUUUCACCUAAAAGUAGAACUUUGUAUAACAUUUGCACUAAUCCCUAGGUAAGCACACAUCUUCUAUCCUAGAACAAGCAAGUCGAACACUUAAAGUGUGAAUAUCAAGUGUUCAGUUGAUGUUUUACUCUGGAACUUUGUCUCAGCACUAUUGCUGUGGAACACUUUUGCUUUCAUUAUAUAUUUUUUCACUUAUAUUAAGUUUGUAAGGCAUGGAGAAUGAAGGUAUACACUAUUGGUCUUGAAGAUUGCUCACUGGAUGGACGGUUGAUAUUGUGAUAGCUGUUAAUGAUAAUACAGUGAUAUCAUGUAGUUUUUUAGACUCAUCCAGCCGGUAAAUUUAGGAUGUUAUGAUUAUUACUAUCAUUAUCAUUCUUUUCCUCUCUGUUACUCUGUAUUAGUUACCUUUAGUCAAACUCUGAACUUUCAGUUGAAAAAGAACAAAAAGUUGGAUUGGUAUUCCCAGAACAUCAGCCAUUAGAUUCUGUAAAGAAGGUUGGAACUAUAUUUUUACAGUAUUAAUGUUACAUUAUCCUUGCCAUAGAUAUGACUGUUUGUUUAUUUUUGUAAUUCACUUUUUCUUUUUCUAGAUUAUACAAAAAUUGGAAAAUGAAUCUUGUAAAAUUAGAAACUUGUAUUGAUAUUGUUUUGAUUUUUUCCUUCAUAAUCUCUCGCGUUCCUCACCAUUCUAUUUAUACAGUUGCUCUGUGAUAUUUCUGGUAUAUCAGGAUUUAAAAAAUGGCUGAUGUAUGUGAAUGCAAUCUCUCUUUUAUUAUUUUGCCAGUACUUCUGUUAGAUAAGCCCUUGGCAAAACUAUGAAGGUGGUAAAAAGAAAGAUGAUUUGAAAAUUUGGAGUUUGUCUUUAUCAACAUUUCAGAUAAUUUUUGUAUGUCAGAUUUGCAAACUUGUAGAAAUACAUGGAUGGGAUUGUUUCUACUUCUGUAUGAAUUUGGGUGUGGUAAAGUUUAUUUUUGUUGACAAUCUCAGAUUAUGCCACAUCUAGCAUCAAAGUUAAGAAUUCAGUUUUUUAUUCUUAUUACUACUGCUGCUAGUAUUUUUGGAAUUUAUUAUUAUUAUUGUUAUUAUUACUAUUAUCUAUGUAUUUGUAUUUUUAAGAUUAGUGUAUGUAUUUAAAAUGAUAUACACCAUUACCUCAUUUUUUAUUUUUUAUUUCAAUCUACUAACUGAAAUAUUUAAAAAGGACUUUGAAUAAUUUAGAAAAAAUCUAACAUUAACACAUUAACAAGAAGUCCAGCCUCUCCAACUUCCAUAGUGGCUGGAUAAUUUUUCCUUUUUUUUAUCCAUAGAGCUUGGUUAUGAUUACAAAUGUGAUACAAAUAGCAUUUUGAGAAAAUCAAACACCCACUUGGAAAGAUGCUUGGAAGAUCAUUUUUGGUGCUGCAACUCCUCUUCCAGUGUGCAGGGAAGGUAAAGCAACGGGCUCUUUGACAUUAUGAGCUAGCGCUGCAUAUAGCAUCGUCUGGUCUUGCCCUCCUCUGAAAACAGUUUUGCAGAGCUGAUGUCCACUGAUGUUGGUUGAAUGGAAAAUAAACGAUAUUUAGUCCAUAGAAAUGUAUCCUAUUUGGGACCCAAGUUAUUACACCAUGCACCAUGUACUAAAUCAUACCCAUGUUCAUACUGAACAAGCCUAUGAUCUUCAUGCUUUGUAUGAUUAUGUGUGCAUAAUUAUUAUUUUAUAAAUAAACACUUUUAUAA